AUGGCCGUCGGACUUGGCCAAAGAUUUUUGAUGAAGAUUGUGAGGAAUGAAUCUAUGAGAACCCCCGAAAUUUAUGGAUGGAGAGUUUUCUUCCUAGCAAGUUCUGCUUGUUUCGGCGGUAUGCUAUUUGGUUGGGAUAUUGGUACAAUAGGAGGCGUAAUUGUCAUGCCUUCUUUCACCAAGUAUUUUUCCUCUGAUGUAAUACCUGAUGCAGAAUUGACGUCGAGUAAUAGGGCAUAUCAUAUCGACCACCUAAGCGACACUGCCCGCGCAAAUCUGUUGUCAAAUAGAGUUGUUAUUCAAUGUGCAACACAUGGGUAUAUCUCUGCUCUCUAUGUUGGUAGACUCAUUGCUGGAUUGGGAGUAGGAGCUGCUAGUAUGCUUACGCCUCUUUAUGUUAGUGAAAAUGCGCCUAGAGCAAUUAGAGGUGCUCUCACUGGGAUGUAUCAAUUAUUUAUCGCUACCGGCACUAUGCUGAGUUUUUGGAUUAACUACGGCUCCUUACUGCAUCUCAAAGGCGAUGCUCCCUGGAUCGGUAAUCUGACCCCCGCCCCUUCUCGAUACUGGAGUUUAUGA